UACAUUUUGUUACAAUUUUUCAAACCCCCCCUCCCCCGUAAAAUGCGAACAUAAUAAGUGAACGGCCCCAAAGUUGAAUUGAAGAAAUUUUGAAUCACAGAAAGAAACAGCAAUUUUAAAACUAUAAAGAAAAUAAUGAAAUAGGUUCCAAUAAGCUUGCUUUACAUUGUAGCUUAGAAAAAUCAAGAAUCAAAAUCUCAAACAAAAUUUGAUCAUGGAAGCAUUUGAAAUUUUUUAUUUUCAUUCAAUUUCUUUUCGGUAAUAAAUUUGAAAAUCAUUAAAAAAUAUAAAAUUCCUUUAUUUCGGCAACAAAGAUCCACACCAAAUUUUAUGUUAAAACAAUUGAUAAACAUUCGUCAAGCUUAGAAAGAACCCAAAAUAAUUAAUAACAAUGGCAUCAGCAGUAGAAAAGCCUAAAUCAGCAAACCCAAUAUCAGAAGCAAGUACCAAAGAAGAUAUUGAAAGUAAAGUCAGUCAAGCAAAAUCAACCGAUAGUCACGACGCAGAUGAUGCUGGACAUUCAAAGUCAAUAUUUGAAGGGAAUGGCUUUACAAUCAUCAAGAAAAUUGGAACUGGAAGCUACUCGAAAGUUAAGCUCGCAUACUCAAAAAACCACAAAGGGAUGGUCGCCAUCAAAAUUGUAUCCAAAUUUCAAGUUCCUGAAGAAUUUCUUCGCAAAUUCCUUUACAACGAAAUCAAAGUCGUGAGAUUCUUAAAGCAUGAUAACAUCAUCAAAUAUUAUCAGAGCAUUGAGACGUCGCAUCGGUAAGGAACUCCAAAAAACCUUAAAGGUCCGUAAAAUAAUUCAAAUUCCUUUCAGACUGUACAUAAUAAUGCAAAAUGCUGAGCAUGGAUCGAUACUUGACUUGAUCCACAAACAAAAGAGAAUUCCUGAAAGUAGAGCAUGCAGCAUAUUUAAUCAAAUCAUAGCUGCUGUUGAGUACUGUCACUCACAAGGCGUCGUCCAUCGAGACAUUAAAUGUGAGAAUAUCCUGUUCGAUUCAAACUACACAGUCAAGUUGAUUGAUUUUGGAUUCGCAAAGUCAAUGAAUCCUGUUCUAAAGACAGCAGGCGAAGAGAAAUUGGAAGCGCUGAUCGCUCAAAAGUCACCUUCAAAAGCCAAAAAAGAAAAUUCAAACCUUUCAGAAACUUACUGUGGAUCUUAUGCUUAUGCUAGUCCUGAAAUACUUAGAGGCGUUCCUUAUGAUCCAUUUGCUAGUGAUAUUUGGGCUAUGGGUUGUGUGCUCUAUACAAUGGUUCAUGGUCGACUUCCAUUCGAUGAUCGACAUCUUGGAAAAUUGAUAAAACAAGUCCAAGCACCAAUAUCAUUCCCAACUGCUGUCGUCACCUCCACAGAAUUUAAAAUUUGUUGUAGGAAGAUUUUUGUUCCAGCAAAAGACCGUGUAUCGAUUGUGGACUUGAAGAAGGAUCCAUGGGUUAUGACCAAAUAUCUUGAGUACGAACGAGUUGUUAUUCAAAGGCAAUCACAAUCUGUGAAAUAGAAUGUUUUUUUUGGAUGAAUAAAGGAACAAAA